CGUAUCGUUUCUGCAUUUAGCAUCCAUGCUUCCUAGGGUCUCGGUUACGAUCUGGUGAAACUGUGAAAGAUUGCGGCUCGGAUAGAUCCGACCUGACCAUUUCCAAUAGCAAUAGUCCGAAUUGUGGGCAAUAUAGAAACAGAACUAGAGUUACAGUUGAAAAUGGGUUUCGACAGUACUGUCUGGGAGGCCAAUCCUACCCGCUGCUGAAGAAUUCUUCAAGCGUUGUUUGUUUGCCGAGAAAAUACUAGUUCAUUUCCAUUUCUAGAAAGUUUUAGAGCAAUCGAUUGAUUGGUUAGUGCGAUGGAUAAGCUACUGCAGUUUGGGAGGAAAGCGAUGUUCUACGUUAGGGUUCUCUCCGGCUACGAGGAGCGAAGAAUCCGAUCUUACAGAUUGCAGCUUCAGAAGCGUAUCGAACAGGCAGAGGCAAAGAAGGCAGCUCUGAGAAAGAUUCCUGAACAGGUUAUUUUAUCAGAGGUUCGGCGUAUGGUUGACGAGAUGCAAGCUUUGAAUAGGCAGCUAGAAGACACCGAGUCUGCCAUUGAAAAAUAUUUUAAGCCACUUGACAAGGAGGCUGAGAUUGUAAUGAAAACGCAGCUUGAAGGAGAGGAAAAGACAAUGAAGGAGAUGAUGAACGCCAUGCAAACACAGGCUUUACUUGAGAAAGCAGAAGCAGAGAAAAUUGCAAAUGCGGCCAAUGCAGAUACGAACGAACUUCCACAGGACAAAGCAUCCACGACCGCAUCUCGUGCAGAAGUAGGAUAAUGCCUUGGAACACCAACAGCAGUAGAUUCAUAAAUUUCUUUGUAAGAGUGCAUCUCUCUUUUGUCCACUGUUUUGGUUGCUUGUCAUAAUUUAGUAUGAUCCUAGCAAUGCCUAGGGCAGAGAGUCCACCUUGUUCAGUUUGAAUAACAGAGGCAACAUUUGUUCGGUAAAAACAAAGUUAUGUUUUGUCUAACAUAAAAGUUUGUAGAUUAUUCCUCCUCAAAAUCUGCUUCACCUGAAAGAAUUAUAGGUAGAUGGUUAUAUAUACAUUCGAUUUUUGUGCCAUGAAAUGUCCAAUUUAUUUUUCUUUUUCGACAAAAUGAAUCUAAGUUUGACGAGGUUUUCAGUUUC